GUGCUUUCUUGUGAAGGAAAUUGUUCGGUCUUCAUCGGAAUUGUGCUGUGCAAUUUCUGUGAAGAAGUACCAUUUGCUUCUUUGUAGCAAUACAAUAUCAUCAUGCGGAUAUAUUGCUUUUUUAUAAUCUUCUUGGUGGCCGUAACGUGUUUACACGCGGCUCCAAGCAAUAAUUGUGAUACAAAUGAAGAUUACGAAUUGUGCACCACUCAAGGUUGCAUGAGUGAAGCGUCAAGAAUCUCAGACUACAUCGACCGUACUGUUGAUCCUUGUGACAAUUUUUACAAAUUUGCCUGUGGCGGGUGGAUGAAAAAUCAUCCGGCAAAUGUGUCCUAUCCGAGAAUUAGCUCGCUGUCGCUUAUCAGUCAAAAAGCGUCAGAGCAAAUUAAAGUAAUCAUGGAAGAUGCUCCCGGAUCAGACGACACGGUUUCCUUGAAAAAUGCAAGGAAGCUGUACAACAUGUGCAUGGAUAGCGAGGAACUGAAGAAGAUUGGAAUCAGUGCUCUUAGCAGAGUUGUGACGAAGAAUGGUGGAUGGCCAAUGACUAUGUCCCCUAGGGAGUGGAAAAGGAAAGAAUAUACUAAAUGGCAGCAAAUUAGCGACAUUUUACAAGCUAAUUCCUUCGACAACGGCCUUUUCGGCAUAGCAGUGUCGGUGGAUGAUAAAAACUCCGACAGCAACAUCAUUAUAGUCAUGGAACCUGACUUUUACGCUCCGCGUGACAUCCUGAUCGGUUUCGAAAAGGAUCUUGUGGAGAAGACGACUUAUCAGUCCUACAUCGAGACAGUUGCAAAUAUGUUUGUAGAAAACAGGGGCGGGUAUGUCAAACCUGAGGCGCUCAGUCAGGAUGCUCUUGACGUCGUGAAUUUCGAGAUUGAAUUGGCUAAGCUGACAAUGAGCCUCGAAGACAGAAGAGACGUCGAUAAAAUCUACAACUUGUUAACAAUCAAAGAAUUGCAACAUGCAUACGAUAAGCAACAUCCUAGAAAGAGCAAGAUAAACUGGCUUCAUUACAUCCAAAAACUUUUUGCGCGUGAGAGGAUUACGAUCAAAUCAUCCGAGAAGCUUAUUGUUCAAGCGAAAAAGUAUCUUACGUCGCUAGUACCUUUAUUAGAAAAAACGCCAAGUCAUGUUAUCAUAAACUACAUGCAAUGGACCAUAAUCAGAACUUUGUUACCCUAUACCGAACGUACGGAAGAGAUCGCCGUUCAACUUGCCGCACGGUUUAAAAACGAGAGACCAGAAUCCUUGAGGUGGAAGAAAUGUUUGCAGAGGCAAGCCAAUUUACACAAGGCAAUUUCACAAGAAUAUGUCAAGAGAUAUGUGCAGCUCGAAAGUAAAAAAGAAAUCACUGACAUAAUCACGGAUAUUGCAAAUGUCGUUCGCGGACAAAUCAAAGCGUCUGAUUGGAUGGACGAGCCUACGAAAAAAGUAUCUCUUGAGAAAUUAAAAAGCAUGAAACAUCAAAUCCUCUUCCCCAGUUGGUUCAACAAUGAAGCUAUCGAUAAAUAUUACAAGGGCUUAAUUCUCACUUCGGAAUAUCUCGAGAAUGCAAUAAAUGUGUUUAAAUUUGAAUACAGAAAAGGUUUAUCUAAAUUGCGAAAACCUGUCGACAAAACCGAAUGGCUCAUGGAACCAACGAUUGUAAAUGCUUAUUAUAAUCCUCCUAGCAAUGAAAUAGUUAUCCCUGCUGCCAUAACGCAAAAUCCUGUAUAUGAUGAAAAUCGUCCUGCAUUCAUGAACUAUGGAGGCCUAGGAGUUGUUAUCGGACACGAAAUAAAUCACGGCUUCGAUAAUAGUGGUCGUAAGUACGACAAAGACGGCAAUGCUGUAGAAUGGUGGACGCAAUCAACUAUCAACAAGUACGAAAAAUUAGCGAAAUGCUUUGUCGAUCAGUACAAUAAUUAUUUGGUGCCAGGCUUGGAAGACUCGAAAACUUAUGUAAAUGGACAAUUGUCGCUAGGAGAAAACAUCGGUGAUUCUGCUGGUAUCGUAGCUGCGUAUUAUGCGUACAAGAACAGAAAAGCGAGAUUAAACGAGCCUGAGAUGCGAUUACAGGGAAUGGAGGAGUACAGUGACGAUCAGAUCUUCUUUAUGGGUUUUGCGCAGUCCUUCUGCCAAAAUGCCACGCCGCAGCAAAUACGAAUGCUUCAGCUGGACGAGCAUCCUAUGCCAGAAACGAGAAUACGGGGAAGUUACUCGAACUUCCCUGAAUUCUCCAAAGCUUACAAUUGCCCGGCAGGAAAGGGAAUGAACCCAGACAAGAAAUGCGCUUUAUGGUAACAGGACAAUGGACGAGUUAAGAAAAGAUAUAAAAUGUGAAUAAUAAUACAGUUUAAAACGUUCACUUUUCGACAAUAAUUUUUCGAUUAAUUUUUUAAAUAUAUAUUGUAAAUAUAUAUUACAAUGUAAAUAUAUGUUGUGUAAGUAACAUUUACACUAAUGUUUUAAACAACAAAAUGCGAAUGCAAGAGUCUUAUUCGCAUGAAGUAACAAAUAAAGUAAAAUAUUAUACAGCAGAAUGGAUAUUGACCAGAAA